AUGAAGUGGGUAACAGGUGUGUAUGAUGGUGGUCUCUUCACAGAGAGCUACUGUAACAUCUGCAAUGCUCAACUCAUCUCAGAGUCUCAACGCAAGGCACACUACGAGAGUAAGAAACAUGCUAACAAGGUCCGUCUCUUCUACAUGCUUCACCCUGAGGACGGAGGACCUCUCUCCAAGAGACUGAGACCUGACAACGCUGAUAGUGAGGAGACAGCUGUGGAUGAUAACAAGUGUUGUAGUCUGUGUAACAUGUUCUUUACCUCAGCCAUAGUGGCCCAGUCCCACUACCAGGGAAAGACUCAUGCUAAGAGCGUCAAACGAGUGUUGGGCUCCUCACCUACUAUUUCUACUACCCCUCCCACAGACUCCUCCCCCAGUUCAUCCGACACGCACCCUCUGCCAAUCCUGCCUCCCCCAGCCCCUCCCAUUACCUGGCUAGUGACCAAUGGCAACACAGCGUGUAGGUCGUGCUUCCUGUGUGGGGCAUGGUUCAACAACCCAGCGAUGGCCCAGCAGCACAACGAGGGGAAGAAGCACCGGCGGAACGCAGCCAGGAGACAACUACUGGAACAACUAGCUGAUAACCUGGACAGCAACCAGAACACAGGUUUGAGGAGCAGUUACAGCUGCAGUGUGUGUGAUGUCACUCUGAACUCAAUAGAACAGUACUACGCGCAUCUCCAGGGCUCCAGACACCAAAACAAUUUGAAGCAGCACCAGAGAUGUGUUGAGUCGGCCGGUCUGUGACUUCUGCCCCACAGUGGAAGGAUGACCAGAGAGAAGAAGCAGCCAGAGAGAGACGGACUGGAAUUGUGACGUCAUCGUAUGCCGUUUGUGACGUCACAGUGCAGGUGUGACUGGUUGGACUAAAACAGAAACAGAAAGAAAAGAAGGUCAGACACAGCGAUGAUGUCACAUGCACAAACUUUUUCUGAUGAUGUCAGUCACCCACAGAAAUUGACAAGAACACUUCUCACACUUUGUCAUCUGACACACACACACACACACACACACACACACACACGCAGACAGUUGUGCCAGAGUUGAUUCACGGUCCUUAAAGCACUUUGAAACAUAUUUCUGUGUAUCUGUCCUCACUUUUGUCGCAAUUAGAUGCAUGUUGGAUCCUUGCCAGACACAUGAGCAUCCAUCCAUGUGUGUGAGAAAGAGAGAGAAAGACAGCAAGAGAAAGAGAGA